GACGCGCAUCCCGAGUUGCCACUAGACAACUUAUACCACAGCAGUCUAUAGCUUUCGCAAAUAAAACCUAAAAAGAAUUUGUUUUUCGUUAAUUGUCAUACAUUAAUAUACUUUACGCACCAACAUUUUUUAUAUAUAAAUUAUAUAUAUAUAUAUAUAAGUACACACAGAUAUAUAUAUAUAUAUAUUUAUAUAUAUAUUUGUGCACAAGGUGACAAAAGAAAAAAGAGUGUAUCUAUUUCGCGUGAAAUUUUUGUAAAAAAGUUGACGGAGUUGAAGUUAGGUAUGUGGUUAUUACUUUCGAUCAUUACUGCUCGUGCGAUUAUUGGAAGUCCGGAUGCGGAAACCAUGGAUUCGAUGCAACAAAAAUUCGGAGAUACUAAUAAAGAUAUUAAUUCGGUAGGAUUAUUUGCGAUGAAUCCCGAUGAAAGAAAAGAAUAUGAUCUUCAGAAAAGUAUAAAUAAACGAUUAGUUGAGGGAUCAAAUUUAUGGUAUGUUUUGAAAAAUAACGAGAUUUUGCCUGCAGUCUCAUGGUUAUACUUACCAACAAAUAAACGACAGAGCUUACGAUCGAGCGAAUUGGAUUUUUCUGAAGAAAUGAAAAACCCCUUCUUCAGCCGAUGGGAUGGUAAACGAAUUAGUUCCUUCAGAUCGAAGAAUCAACGAUCGACUCGCAUGCCGUUUAACAGCUGGGGUGGUAAACGAGCUCACGGAUAUUUGGAUGACAAAGCAAGUUUCUUAAUGAUGAGGGGUAGCAAAUCGUUUUCUGACAAGGAUGCUCAUAAGAACUUUGUCGAGUAUGCCAAGAGAUUGUCCAACUUUGGAAGAAGAACACCAUUUUAUAGCUGGGGAGGCAAGCGAAAUGUAAAUACAGGAUUUGACAUAAACAAAUACAUCAAUACUAUUCCUGAAGAAGAAACAGAAUUUUAUUUACCGAAAGACGAUGCAGCAGAAGAUACAAUCUUGGAUGGGAAUGAAAAACGUGCUGCACAAAUGAAAACUAGUAGAUCACGAAUAGGCUUUAAUAGUUGGGGAGGAAAGAGAAAUGAUAUCAAAGAGUUUCAGUUACCUUUAAAUAAUGAAUCAUUACGUUUUGAAGAUGAGAUUGACGAAAGCACAAAUUCCACCGAUCAACUAUUAAUUCCAGAAAAAAAAGAUACUAAUAAGAACUCUAGAAAAUCCCACUUUGAACCUUGGGGUGGUAAAAGAAGUAUAAAUGAAGAAUUCAUGAUCAUUCCCAAUAAUUAUGAUCUUCAUGACAACGACCCAGCAAAAGAACAACAGGUCUUCUUUCCAUGGGGUGGAUAAAUUGAUUUAAGAUAUCAAUAAAAUCAGUUAUUUGCUUCUACAAUGAGAUUGUAAAAUCUACAAAUUAAUUGAUAUUAUUUCUACUCAAAAACUCUCUUUGCAGUUUCAUAAAAACAUGCAGUUCCAUAAAAAUAUUUACUUUAUGUUAUACUGUAUUAUUUAUUAUUAAGCAAUCGAUUAAGCAAUCAAUCA